UAAUUAAUGUGGGUGGGCUGAGAGAAACACAACGACUGUUUAUCAUAGACAAUUUAUUUUCCAGCGCUAAGUCAACAUAAAGCAGCAAACGUGCAACAAUUAACAUUGCUGGACUGGUGCAGGAGAGCCAGACUGACUGAGUGACUCUCAGGCCUCGGCGCAGCAUCUCUAUGGACCGCGGCUCGAGGAGAUCUGAACCGGUGCGCAUUUAACGGGACUCAACAUGAACCUGUACCACAGCCGGGUAGCGCAGGGACCAGCGGCUCUCAGCCUCACCAACUCGUCCCUCAUCUAUCUGUAUGGUGGAGAGGUGGGAGGCGUGAUACCGGCGCUGGGACUCGCCUCAGCCCGACAGGAGCCUCCCCAGAAGCCUCCGUACAGCUACAUCGCGCUCAUCGCCAUGGCCAUCAAGAGCGCACCAGGCAAACGCGCCACGCUGAGCGGCAUCUACCAGUUCAUUAUGGACCGCUUUCCGUUUUAUCACGACAACAAGCAGGGCUGGCAGAACUCCAUCCGACACAACCUGUCACUCAACGACUGCUUCAUCAAGGUGCCCAGGGAGAAAGGGCGCCCGGGCAAGGGCAGCUACUGGACUCUAGACCCCAAGUGUCUGGACAUGUUUGAGAACGGCAACUACAGGAGGAGGAAAAGGAAGUCCAAACUGCAGGAGACGAGCGAAGCUAAACCGAGCCACAAACGAAGCCGGGGUCCGAGUCCUCUGGCUCCGGGAAGCACCAAACUUUCCGCAGGGACGCACUUAGUGAAAGACGGGACCCUGAGUAGUGAAAAGGCGCUGGCGGAAAUGGUAAUUCAGCACAAAGACCAAGAGCAUCCACCUCGAGGACAUCUGAGCAACCCGCCGCCCAGCUCCCUGAAACACUGUCGUGGCGCACAUCCGGCCAGCGCGCGUGCCCGCUCCCCAGCCGAGGAGCACAGCGCGUCUCCGCCGAAGCCCACACACCAGUCAGAACUGCACUCUCCACAGGUGCGCCAAAUGCACACUGGGAAUUCGACGGGCGCUGAAAGCACCGCCGGCACUCCGGCUCUGGGUUCCGCGCAACUUCGCGACGCUCUUCCAAAGCGAGACACCAAAGACCUAACGGACGGCAAGAAGACUUCGGACAAAUCGAAAGAAUUUAGCAUAGACAGCAUUUUAGCGAAAAAGGUGAACCGGCUCCAGCGUAGGUGCAGCUGCGGAGGCUCCGAGUCUGCGUGUCUGGAAACGCGUCACCGCGCGCUCGCGUCAGCGCUACUUCCGGCUGCGCACGCGCCGCACCUCUAUCCCCGAGCCUACCCGCUGUGCUCCUAUAUGUCCCUGGCGUGGCCCGAAACCCUGCUCCAGUACUGCGAGAAGAGUGGUGAGAAAUUAGUCUGAUGACUGAUAUAUCGAUACCGGGACACGUUACUGAGGCAGCAAACUCAAAUCUAUAGCAGUUGUUCUAAACUCCAGUAGCAGGGAAUCACUGCAGUGCACAGACUCAAGCUUUCUCAACUACCAACACACCUGAUCCAGCUGAUGAAGGCUGCUGAAGAAGCUCUGAUAGCAUACACAGAUCUGUUUUAAUAACUGGAUAUGGUAAAAUCCCCAGCGUUGAAUAAAAUCUGUUGUUAAAAAGUCUUAGAACUCAUAAAGUAUUACAUUUACAUAAAUUAACAGACAAUGAACUAACAUGCACACUUAUGAAUUAGGAUCUACAGUGUUUCAUUAACUCUUACACUGUUCAUCUGGGUCCAAGUUGAUCAUCUUCCAAUAACUGAAUGUUAUUGGAUGUUCUGAAGUGUUUUAUAGCGCUUAUACCACAGCAAUUAGCCAAGAAUUACAAUUUAUAAUUGAUUAAGGAAGGACACUUCAUACUUUUAACCUUUUAUAGUUACAUGUAAUUGUGUGGAACAUUAGUUCCUGCUAUGCUAGACCAGUUAUAAACAGUCACUCCCUCACCAGCCUCUAUUUUUUUUCUCUCUCUCUCUUGAAAACAAAAAAAAAAUGCAGCUGUGAGGCAGUGUUAUGGAGAAACCAGAAAGACUUUCCCAUGGCAGAAAACUUGCUGACUGUUACAACACACUGACACGCAAGACUCCUUCUAUAAAUGCUAAAUAAAUGUCUUUAUAUAAUAUACCUAUAUAUAUAUCCUUGCUAAAUAACAACACACACUUAAAUCAGUUUAUUAUCAGCCUUAGAUUAUGUGGUUCCUGAGUUAUUAUGUGAAUGAGUUAUUAAUAUAGAAACAAUAAUAUAAUAAUACAGUAUGACUUUUGACACUAUUGUCAAAGCCAUGCUGUUAUAGAAAAUUAAUCAACACCUUCUGACCAAUCAGAAUUGAGAAUUCUGUGGCAGUGCUGCAGUAUAAGACACAAUAACCACUUUAGGGCUUAUUUCAAUAACUUUAAUAACUGCCAUGACAUUAUUAUUAUUAUUAUUAUUAUUAUUAUUAUUAUUAUUAUUAUUAUUGUUGUUGUUGUUGUUGUUGUUUGGCACAACUUGGGUGGCCCACUUCAAAGGUUCACAUAAGGCUGACAGUAGUUAACUCGGUUGAUGUAUUACCCAUAGAGAGCUGCGCCAUGCAAACCCUCAUGGAUGUUGCUGUUUUAAUGUAAAUAUUUAUUUGAGCUCUGAUUUUAUUACGUUCCUUUCAGUGCUUGUAAAAAGAAUACAAGAUAAAUUACAAAUUGUAUCAUGUUGUUGCUUUUCUUCGCUCCUUAAGUACCUCAUGGAUGCAAAUAGCUGGGAACAUUUUUGAGGAAAAACAUAACAGGAGUAAAUGAGUUGAAUGUUUGUGGAACAAAAUCUGAGAUUCAAUAAA